AUGCUUGAAACGACCACCGAGGAUCGAGAACGUGACCGCAGCUCAGCCGACGAGGCAGCGGCAGGGCUCGGGAGGACGGACUCCAAUUCUGAAGGCAGUUCUACUGCGGGUAAAAUGCCGUCCGGCAGCACCGGCCGCGGCAGAGAAACCGUGACCGACAAGCCGUCGAGGCGGCGAACCGCACGCUUGUCUUACGAACCUGCACGGCCGCGCCGCCGGCCUCCAGCGCCCAGCACCCUGAUGGCAACCACCAAGGGCAAGAAGAUCAAGCGUGAUGGAAGCUUCCCGGGCUGGAAAGGUCCCAAGCACAUCCUCAUUUCUCAAGCCUGGCUUCCACCUUCAUUUUCGGUGACCGAGGCCUCCAGCGCCGGCAUCCCUUCCCCUACUCCAACAUUGGUCCUCUUCACCACCACCACUGGAAAAAGGGGUUGCCCCGUGUACUUUUUGUGGGAAAAACAGCGGCGUCCCCUUUCUGGAGGGGUCAGCCCGCACAGGAGGGCAAGUCCAGCAGACUUGAAUCCCCCCUGCAAGUAUAGUUCUGGACCGUUCUCAGCCAGCGACGGCUGGUGUUUGACUUUGCCUACUGAAUUAGCCACGCAGGUGUUGACAGAAAGGAAACAGCACCUUGGGUUUUUUCUGUCCGUGGCGAAGUUCAGCGUUUUAAAGAAAACGAGGGACCUAAAGGACGUUUGGCUACGGAGGGCAAGUUUCCUACUGAAGAAACCCGAAAGAGCCCUCUUCGAAAGCCCCCUCGAUGUGGCCAGCGACCGAAGGAAAUCCUCAUUGACGAUUCAGUUCGUUGAAGGCCAAUUUGUUGACUCCUACGACCCAACCAUAGAAAACACUUUCACAAAAUUGAUCACAGUCAAUGGACAAGAAUAUCAUCUUCAACUUGUCGACACAGCUGGGCAAGAUGAAUACUCCAUCUUUCCUCAGACAUACUCCAUAGAUAUUAAUGGUUAUAUUCUUGUGUAUUCUGUUACAUCAAUCAAAAGUUUUGAAGUGAUUAAAGUUAUUCAUGGCAAAUUGUUGGAUAUGGUGGGGAAAGUGCAAAUACCUAUUAUGUUGGUUGGGAAUAAGAAAGACCUCCAUAUGGAAAGGGUGAUCAGUUAUGAAGAAGGGAAAGCGUUAGCAGAGUCUUGGAACGCAGCUUUUUUGGAAUCUUCUGCUAAAGAAAAUCAGACGGCUGUUGAUGUUUUUAGAAGGAUAAUUUUGGAGGCAGAAAAAAUUGAUGGGGCCGCUUCACAAGGAAAGUCUUCCUGCUCGGUGAUGUAAUCCUGCCCGGAACUGGAGGACACUGGGAGUCGAUCCUGCCCGAAGAAGCAGACUGCCCAUUAUCCUUUCAGAUAAACUCAGCUUCUUUUUCCUUCUGUUAACCUGAAAGAUUUCAUUUGGGUCAGAGCUUUUUCCUGCCCCACCCCCCUUUCAGAUUAUGUUAAACUCUGACUCUGUCCAAAUGAGUUCACUUCCAUUUUCAAAUUUUAAGCAAUCAUAUUUUCAAUUUAUAUAUUGUAUUUCUUAAUAAUAUUAUGACCAAGAAUUUUAUCGGCAUUAAUUUUUCAGUGUAGUUUGUUGUUUAAAAUAAUGUAAUCAUCAAAAUGAUACAUAUUGUUACACUACUAUUAACUAGGCUUCGAUAUAUCAGUGUUUAUUUCAUUGUGUUAAAUGUAUACUUGUAAAUAAAAUAGCUGCAAACCUUAA